AUGUCCUGCUCCAGCCUGUGCUCUCCCUGUGGGGUGGCCGCCCCUUGCCCCCUGGCCGACACCUGCAACCAGCCCUGCGUGCGGCAGUGCCCUGACUCCAACGUGGUGAUCCAGCCCCCGGCCUCGGUGGUCACCUUCCCUGGGCCCAUCCUCAGCAACUUCCCCCAGUCCAGCGUUGUUGGCUCCUCAGGAGCCCCUGUGGUGGGAGGCUUUGGAGGCCGUGGGGGCUAUGGAGGCUAUGGAAGCUGGGGUGGCUAUGGAGGCUUUGGGGGCUGGGGUGGCUACGGAGGUCUUGGAGGCUGGGGUGGCUAUGGAGGCUUUGGGGGCUGUGGGGGCUAUGGAGGCCUUGGCGGCUGGGGAGGCUACGGAGGCUUUGGAGGCUGUGGGGGCUAUGGGGGCUGGGGUGGCUACGGGGGCCGUGGCUCUCGGUACUUUGGAGGCAGCUGUGGGAUCUGUUAA